AAUCAUUAUACCAUUGAUUGAUCGGUAUGGGAACAGCAGUCGUAUUUCUGAAAUGUGCAAUCUCUGACUUGUGAACUGGAUGCAAACAUAUCUGUAGGAUCAAGAUACAACAAGAGUAAGUCGUAUCGAAAACAAUCAACUUGGAUCUCUGUACUGAAAUGAACGAGUCUGGUGACUGUACAAUAAAGGCGCAACGCAUUAACCACUGCUUAUUCCGAGGCAAAAUAAACUCGGUUACUGAGAUACAAGGUACUCGAUACGUGAAUACGGCUGUAAUAAACUUUUCGAGUGCUUGAAAAAAGGAUCAAAAUGUGCAAAUUGCUUAGAUUGUUACAAAUAUUUAGGAUAAAAGUGGAGUGUUUUCGCUUGCUAGCCUUGUCAUCACAUUAGCCAUGAAUCCUCUUGACACUACCAAUCACUCAUCUCCCCAAAAAAGAUUUUCUGUCGUAUCUGACACUACUUCUCCUACUACUGCACCUCUUGGUAGCACCUUUUCAUCUUUUUCUUUCAGCUCGCUAUGGGGAAAUGCCUCUCGUAGGUCAUCCAUGUCGGAUGCUGUUAGUCCAACAUCCUCUCUUGGUUCACAAUUCAAUUUUGGAACUGGAACCGAUGCAGCUGCUUCUGCAACAAGCUUAUCCUCAUUUUCUCCCCCUGGCUCUGAAUCUAAUCAGUCUUCAUAUCCAUUCUCUUCACUCCCACGUACAAUCAAAAUGCGGGCUAUUACCAUCCCCCGGAUGAUGAGCCAGACCAGUGCUACUAUGGACCAUCAACCCCAGCAUCCGCUUCUCAUGCAGUCUCAGCAAUCUGAGCAGAAUAUCAAAAUGCCUCCACUACGACGGACUUCGCUCAAAUCUACCACUACUCUCUUUACCGGUGUAUCUGUCGAGGAACUAUUACUUCACAGUAUCUAAACUUGCCAUUGAUCACCCCUUCUAAACUACGACAAACUCGCGAGUUUCUUGAGAAUUUGCAAUGACCUACCUGCCCAAGUUUAAAUCUCUAAACUUUGGAUCAAUUGCAAUAUACCCUCUCCCUGCAAUAUCAUCAUCAUACAGUUGCUGACUACUCUAUAGACACUUCUGUCUCACCUACAGCUCUUUGCGCUUGCAUUCACGCCAUACUUUUCAUUUCCAUCUGUUGAGCUGGGCUGUCUACUUAUUUUGUCGGGUCUGGGCGUUGACCUACUUCCGCCAACAGCACUCGUAACUAAAAUAAACGAUUGAUUUUCAU